GUCGGAUCGAGACAAAUGCCACGUCGGUGGCGCGGUUGUGAGAUUACCCUUUACGCUGCAGCAAGCUCGCGUACUCACAGCGACGACGACAUGAGCGCGCUCCUUCCGAGCACGACCUACUGCUACGCGUCGCGAGGCCCGGCGUCCGCGUCUCCCUUGGCGGCAGCGGCGCUCGGCAACCUUGGCCAAGGCAACGGCGGUGUCUGCCCCGUGCGCAUAGCGUUCGCGCUGCCGACAACGCUUUCGAGUACGGUGCCACUCAACGUCUCGUGGACGCUCUCGCUGAACGACCAAGAGCGCGUAACCACGCUCGCGAUUGUCAAUAGCUCGACGACACUCACGCCGACGAGCGCCAUGGCCCCGGUGCAGAUUGCGCAGUCGGCGCUGUAUCUGUGCCCGACGACCGCGCUCUGCGGGCUCUACUCGGCCGAGGCAAGGCCAUUGCCGUACUUGCCAUCGCAGUCGCCGCUCAAUUUUACCAACGGAACCGCUUCGUUCUUCACGCGCAACGUCACGCUGCCCGCAGGCGAGUAUGCGGCGUUCGUAGUGACUACGGUGCCCGGCCUUCAACUGCCCAACACGUCUGUGCGCAUCGACCUUGUGAGCUACACGUUGGUGCACGUUGUUGCGCCGGUCGAGCCGCCAGUGCUCUCGACGGUCGAGUAUGUGUACAUUGGUGUCGGGGCUGCUCUCGCUGCGCUUGUGCUCGUGCUUUUGGCGGUCUGUCUCUGUCGGCGCCGGCGUCGCAAGCUGCACGCCGAGCAGGUCAUGGCGGCGUAUGCGCGCGCCAACACCCGCGUCUCGAACCGACGACCAAGCCCCCGGCGCAUGCUGUCGCUGCGGCAGUCGGGCCGCAUGAGUCCGCGGCGAGUGCUCUCCCAGCGUCAGUCGGGGCGCGCGAGCAGCAGUCAUACGUACCGCCACCACGGCUCGGUCAUUCGCCUCGGCCACUCACCACGCACCCAAGUUCCGCCGAAUCCGACCUCCAUGUCAAUAUCGUUUUCGAACGAGUCCGACUUUGCCAACUUUGCUCUCUCGCCCUGGCACCACGGCCAGUCGGACAUCUACAAUCGGCACUCGGACAGCGCGUCGUCGCCCGCCGACUCGACCGAAGGCUACUACACCGAACCGUCGUUCGCGUCGUCGUCGCACGGUGUCACGGCGUACCGUAUUUAACGUUAAUGUACCCACCUCCAACUGCGUUCUUACCACA